GCACUUUUAAAAACGUACUUCAAAAUUCGAUUUAACGAUUUUACGCGAUUACAUUUCGAUUUAUUACUGUCUGGUUUCGUAGUCAAGUUUGUGGGAUUGAUUUAAUGUAUAAUAUGAAAGCUGAAUAUUCACUCGAGCCAGAGAAAAUGAGACACUAAUGAACUUUUAAACUUUAUGAAAAAUAGAUGACGCCGAUGUAUUGAAUUCCAUAAUGUGGACAAUAUACAAAUUGUGGCCGGGAGAAGAUUUAAUUAAUGCUACCCUUAUUCAGGGGUUAUUUACAGGAGAACCGCAUUAAUUGGCGUUAUUGUGUCGGAGAAUUUAACCAAACAAAGAGUCUGCAACUCUCGCCGUUAGAGUUAAUAGUGACGGGUUUUAUUAACAGGAGAUGGUCAUGAGCAUGCGCUGUUAUUAGAUUUUAGAUGUAUGUCAAAAAUCAACGACGAACAAUCAUUAAAGAAGCAUUAAAUCGUUUCUUUCGUCAUAAAGUUAUCGAGUGGGUCGCUAUCGACAAAGUACUUAUGAUAAUGACCCAAUAUAACUUCUAGAACAUCUCCAGCAGAUAGUAACCAGCGAUUUGUUGUUUCUGCUCUCGACAUAGCAGACUGGAGCUAAGUCGCAAAACAAAUAUUCAAGUUGACGAUGCCAUGUCGUUAUUGUAGCAUAAACGGAUUUAAAAACUGCCCAGAUGAAAUAGCCAGAUGUAAAACUGAGAAAUUUGAAUGAAAUGAACAACUCCAGUGAAGAUAAAUGUACUUACAAUUGUCACUAAUUAACUGUUGAGUAUCCUGUGGCGGAAAAUGUCUGAUUUCCCGGAUUUUGUCACUGCUCGUUCUAAGGUCUGGGUAACAACGUAUGUACCGGUGGGCUGGACGGGUGAGCGAAAGGCCGCUGAUGAAGGGAGAAAACGCGCGAACGCCCUUCCUCCAUUACCCAUGGAGCGGGAGCCCACCUUCCACAGACCACCCAGGGGAUUUGUUUCCCUUCAGAACCCAGAGGAGGCUGGGGAGAGCCACUGGCAGAGAAAAUUCAAGAAAGUCAGUUUUGAAAUUGAUCGCAAAGUUGUCACCCACUUGAGGAGAAAGCUGAACAAACGUCUAGACGAUAAGUUCCACAGCUUGGAGGUAGAUUCAGACGAGGAAAAGCAAACAGAGCAAACAGACAAAAAGACAGACAGGAAGAUAAGUGAAAAGGAAGACAAAAAUAUUUUCACAAAAUACUCAGACUUAGGAGAAAAGAUAUUGUACAGUAAAUCAAGAAGAAAAUCAAAAGGUUCUCAUACCAACGAAAAUGAAAGAAAAAAGCACGGCGAAUCUCACGAUGGUGCCAAAUCCAAUGGGAAAUUGCCAUCCAAAUCAUUAUUACCAGAAAUCAAUAAUCAGGAGCAGUUAGCAAUGGACAAUGAGGUCCGUGAUGAAAAGACGAAUGGACAUGUGACAGAAAGUGAGGAAAGUGAUGAAGAGAUAACAGAAUUAGCAAAGCUGAAUGGGAAGAACGAAGAGUCAAGCGUACUGGAAAGCUUUCGGGACUUAGUGGUAUCCCCUGUACAGACUCCUGUUGUCUUCAGACCAAUUACACGACACAGAGCCAGAGAGAAUUCGGACACUGUCGCAGAUAUUUUAAAAGGGGGUGUCCAUCCACCCUGCAUCGCCGAAAGUAAAUCGGUGACACUUUAUGUUUCGUCUGGUUUCACGGACACAGUAGCAGAAAGAACCUGUCUGAUAGAAAAAGUAUACCCGGAAUUGCACACGUAUUGUCGCCAUUUCGGGUUUGAACUCCAGAUUUACGACCUUCGUUGGGGACUCAAGGACCAGAGUACAGAUGACCACGGUCUGCCAACAAUGUGCCUUAAGUAUCUCGAAAAAUGUCAAGAGACAGCUUGUGGGGGUAUUGUUUUGGUAGUUCUUGGAGACAAAUAUGGGCCUUAUAUUCUUCCAUCCACCAUACCUGUGGUAGAAUUUCAAGCAAUAUACGAACAAUCGUUGCAUCAACGAAAACAGAAAGUUGAACUCAUGAGAAAGCGUGUGGCAGAAAUUGAAAAAGCUACGGAAGAACGAGAAAGUAAGAAACAGCAGGGUCUCACAGAAGGCGAGAUCAUGGAAGAUGUUGGAAGGGAUCAUCUCAAACUACAAGGAUUAGACUUACAGCUGGAACCGCCGGCAGGAAAAGAAGCCCUGAACGUGUUUCGGAAUCAUGCGGACAUGAUCAAGAGAGAACAACAAAUAAUCAAGGCGCUAAAGGAGAAAGAGGAGAGCAUGCCGAGUCCACAUCUUCUCCGGCAGUGGUACAAACUAGAUGACAACUGCAGGCCACCAGUUUACAGACUGCAAAAUAUAAGUUCAGUUAUUAAGGAAUACAGUCGUGGUGACGCACGAACACGGGAAUCGGGACGUUUAAUGUGGAAUGAAACUGUCCCAAAACUCCGAAAACUUCUGAAUGAGUUUGCAGACGUGGCCAUCAGAGAUCAACAAUCCAGAAAGAACUAUUUCUCAUCUUUACUAGAACAAGAACUUGACCAGUGUCUUGUGAAUAAUGAUGAGGUCACAGAAGACAUAGUUGUCAUCAAUAGAAAUAUCACAGACCUGCAUAGUAACCUUGGGGACUCGGCGAUAACAGACUAUGCAGAUUUACACCCUACGCAGGAAAAGACUUUGUCAGAAGCAGAGACAUCUUAUAUGAAUAAACUAAAAACAGAAAUCAUCACUGAAAAGGUAGAUAACAACCAUAUUUUGAACCAUGACGUAGACUGGGAUAAAGGUGGAAUCCAACCUGUAACGAACCGCUCACAUCACGUCUACCUUGACAGAAUGUCUAAGCAGGUCCUGGAAGUUCUAAAGAGAGAGUUUUCCAGACACAUCAGUGAAAACAUGGAGCAGAAGGACGCAACAUCCAAACUUUACCAAGAAAUAUCCCAGCAUGUUUCCCUCUGUCAAGAAAGAGGACAACAUUUCCAAGGCAGGCGAGAACUUCUGCAGACGGUGAAAUCCUAUAUUCGCUCAAAGUGUCGACUUCCACUCAUUUUACAUGGCAAAGCCGGCUGUGGAAAAACAGCCCUUGUGUGUAAAGUUGCCCUUGAAAUUCAGAAAUGGUGCAAAGGAUUGAAACCUCAUGUGAUCAUCAGGGCUAUAGGCCGCACCACAGCCUCGAGAAAUGUUCGCACUCUAUUACGAAGUAUUUGUCUACAGCUAUGUCACGUGUUCGGGGGAAAGGCGGAGGAAGUUCCAAUGGAAUUUAAAGGCUUAGUGAAUGACUUUCCUCAACGAAUAAGUCAGGCCUCUGAAAUGGACCCUCUAAUAGUAAUUUUGGAUUCUGUUGACCAGCUAACAGAGGAACACGAAGGAAACAAAAUGGCAUGGCUUCCAAAGGAUCUUCCGGAGAAUGUUAAAUUGAUUAUUACAACGAACCCAGACGAACAAUUCGAAAGUUUUCCAGGUCUUAUGAAAGCUUUUGGAUCCAACAAGGAUAUCACGGUGGCAAUUCCAAGCAUGCCACAAGAAGACGCAGAGUCUAUACUGGAAUACUGGUUGCAACAAGAUCACAGAGUUUUAAUACGUUCUCAGUUUGAUGUAAUCAUCAAUGCAUUCAACAAGUGUGCCUUUCCUCUAUAUCUAAAACUGGCCUUCAUGGAAUCGAAAUUGUGGUCUUCAUUUACAGAUAUUGAACACUGUAAAUUGUCCGAAAAUAUAAUAAAACUAGCUGCACUGAAGUUCGGAAAACUCGAAACAAAGCAUGGAGAACCGCUAGUCAGACGCGCUCUUGGUUACAUUACAGCGUCUCGGGAAGGAAUUACAUCAAAUGAAAUGGAGGAUAUUCUUUCAAUAGAUGAGGCAGUAAUGGAUGAUGUAAUCGUUAAUCUUAGACCGGCUAAGCGACGUUUUCCCAACGUCCUAUGGAUAAGAUUACUCGAGGAUUUAUCUGAUCUUUUAACCCCUACGCUGACUCACGGAGUGAUAACAUAUGUAUGGGCUCAUUCUCAAUUCAACCAGGCGGCAGAUGAACGAUAUCUCCAGAAUCGAGAUAAAGCGCCAUCCUAUCACAAAACCAUGGCUGAAUAUUUCCAGGGAAUUUGGGCAUCAAAACCAAAACCUUAUAUGGGUAAUGAAAAGGGAGUUCUUCGCUGUGUAUCAGAACAGCGCCUAUACUACGAGCCUUGUGAGAACAAUGAAGACGGAUCGGACAGAAUAUACAAUAUUCGUAAAGUAAAUGAAUUGCCAUAUCAUUUGCUUAAUUCACAACAAACAUCUCUAUACAAAUCAGAGGCUCUUUGCAAUUUCGAAUGGAUAAAUGCAAAGUUGUGUGGCACAUCACUACGUUCGCUUGUUGAAGAAUACCAAACUGGACUAGCAGUGGAACCUACCGAUUCAGAGUUAAAGAUGAUGUCUGAUGUCAUUCAGCUUUCUGCUAAGGCUCUAUCAAAAGAUCCACGACAACUAGCGGCACAGAUCGUUGGUCGACUCACCACAAUCAUUGCCAAUGAUAUCCCAAGAGCACCGGGGGAUCCCCCACGUUAUCCCUUCAUUCACAUGCUUCUGAAGCAAGCACACGAACCCUCUUUACCAGCAUUGAUUCCUUCCAUACGCUGUUUGACGGAACCCGGGGGAAUUUUGUUCGACUUGCUAUCUGGUCAUACAGAUCCAAUAACAGCAGUGGAAGUAUCCACAGAUGGCGGGAAAGCCUUCACAGCUUCGAGAGACAACACAAUGAAAAUGUGGGAUCUAAGAACAGGAAAAGUGAUGAAAACCAUCAAUGAUGUAGGCACCAAUAUCACCAGAAUUCGUGUUGGAUAUAAUGUUGCGUUUGUGGUUACUGUAGAAGGCAACGUCAUGCAAGUAUGGAAUGUUCGCUACUCAGAACGUGUUUUACGUGUGGACAAGUAUCCCGAUCCUCCUGUAAUAGGCAUGGCUGGAGAGGGGAAAUAUCUCUGUGCCUUAUUUGACGGAAACAAUAAGUUGAGAACUUGGAACCUAAACAAAGCUGGCCAUCCAAUGAUCAGUGAAGCUCAAACAGAGAACCAUAGAGUGUAUAAUGACAAUUCUGCUCUGAUAUCGCCUUUUUCCUUCGAUGAAAGAAUCCUUCAUGCCUCUAGAGGAGCUAAUUGUGCUCUUGUGAACAACGUUCGUAAUGGAAAACAAGUCCUUAGCUUGAAGUGCAAUGACUAUUCCUCAGCAGUGACAAGCUUAGGCACAUCCAGGGACUACUUCAUUGUGGCCUGUAGGCAACAUUACAUGCAUCUUCACGAAAUUUAUCAACUGGAACUUUUCGAUUUGAAAAAAGGAAGGUACUUACGAAGUGUUCGUGGAUGUAUACACGACAAAAUCAAAGAUCUCUUCAUAAAUUAUAUUGGGUCCCACGCCAUCGCAAUAUGUGCUAGUGAGGAGACGAAUACGUCUGACAUAUCUGUGUGGAAUAUUGAAACAGAAGAUCACAAGCAUUUGGCACGUCAUGCUGGUGCUUCAGUAUUAGGCGCUUGUGCAGACUUCAAAUACUGUCUAACAGCAGGGAAAAAUGAUAAAACACUUAACAUCUGGAAUUUAACCAGUAAAAUCAACCAGUCGAUGCCUAGGCUGAAGAAACAGUCUGGUGUGUUUCAGAUCCUCGCAAUGACACAAAACCCAAGGUACGUGGUUUCCAGACAAUUUAACAACGGCCCCGUCAGUGUGUGGAAUGUAGCGAGAGCAAAACAACUGAAAACAGCUGUUCGAAUAGAGAGAAGCUUGUCCGAUUCCUCCGACGUCGUGGUGGUGAGAGACACAAAGGUUGUCAUCUUAACUGAAAAGGGCAUUGCUAACGCAAAGGAUAACGCUCGACCAGUGUUCCAGACGGUGUUAAUCUACGAUCUCCUACAGAAAAAGUUUGUGAAGAAAAUCAAGAAGUGUUUCAUCACUCCAUGCCCAUCACACGAGUACGUCAUGCUCAAAGAUGAAAUGCUGCUUGGACUUUCUGAAAAUAGAUCACAUUUCGUUAUUUGGAAUUUAAAAACGGGCCAGGUUGAGCAUCGAAUCCGUCCCUUGUUGAAGGAUCUUGAGAAGAAGAUUGCUGAAACUGAUGUCAUGACACUAGCUAAGGAGCGAUGCCAUACCGCCAAAUUGACGCCAUGGGAACGCCGCGUUGAGUCUCAAUCCGCAAAGCAGAGAAGAAGGGAUGCGGCGGUAGAUAUUGAGCGACAGAGAGUGGAAGAAUUAAAGAAAGAAAUCAGUAGCAGCGGCAUAGAUAGGUACCUCCUAAGUGGGGAUCAAAAGAUUGCUGUGGCUUCUUUUUUCGCGCACUUCAUGUGCGUGUUUGAUAUCGAAAACCACGCACAUUUAGCUACUCUUGAGAGUGACACAUCCAUGUUGUCUUUGCUGGUGGCCUCUUUAACCUACACUGGUAAUUACCUUGUUCAAGCUAACUACGACGAAGAGCAGAGAACUAGUUAUGUGACGUUGUGGGACUGCUUUGAAGGUGUAGUAAAGAAACGUCUUAGGAAUGAAAGCGAUGUGAUGGCUCUUGGUUUAAGUGAAGACGCCAGCAAAAUAAUUAUUGGUAAAGACAACAAAGAAAUACAUAUCUGGGAACCGAACAAGUCCCCAUCGCUGCGAAAAAUCCAAGGUGUUCAAGGAUUAGAGUUUAACGAUCUCAGUAAAAUUUUCAUUGUGGAUAAUGACACGCGUGCUGUGGUUUUCGCGGGAGACAUUUCCGUAUGGGACAUUGAACGCGGGGUAGUACUGGCGGUAUUCUCACCAGAUACUAAAAUCACAUGUUGUCACGUCGCUAACAGCGGACGUGUAAUUACGUUCGGUUUGCACGACAUCCCGGAGAUCGUCAUUCUGAAGCUGAUGUCUAGCGAUUUGCCAAGCAUCGAGGACGAAGGUCAGGACAUGUUUGGAGAAAAACCCGCAGAGUCGUCAGAUGAGGAUGACGAAGAGGAAGAAGAGGAGGCAUAAAGGUUGCACGGAAGAGUGAUAUUUCCCUAUGCAGAAUUCCCCCCUGAGACUUAAAUAACAUCACUAAAUACAUAUGGUUUCCAAAUAUCAAUCCAUUGCACUAUUAAACGACUGCGUAACGUACAUGUACAUAAUGCCAGGGCACGUUGUAUUAUGUAUUUUUAUAUAUAGUAUGACUGGGUUGUCACUACAAAUAAAAAUAGUUCCGUUUGUCUUUUAAUAGAAAGACAAAUGUUUAAAUAGAAAAUCCCUUUUACGGCGAACAUGUUCUUUCAUCCAUUUGGAUCUGUUAGACAGUACAAGUUCAGUGGGAAAAUGAAUGUAUAUCGAAAGGUACAGUGAAAGAGAAUGCGUUUACAUACACAAAAGCCAUGGAGUUUGUAUCCAUAGAUAAGGCUGGUUAACGAAAUAAAAUUACAAACAAAGAAAGCAAUACCAACACUAGUGCGAUAUUUCGAAAGACAAAAUUAAGAAUUAUCAAUUUAUGUCAUUAAAAAAAACACAUAUAUUUUUUAAAACCAAAUUCUCACUCGAAAAUAUAUUCAUUUCAAGAAUAUUGGUUUUUAUUGGGGGAAACCACUCAGUUUAAUUGCCAAAAUCGACAAAUUACCCCAUUUGCCCCUUUUUUUUUUACCUGAAGCAAUUUGAUGUCCAUUCUUCUAACACAAUGUUAUGUUGUAUUCCUCGCUGUUUGCGAAUCUUUAUUCUACCGAACUUGAGUUGCGAGUUCAAAGUACAAACCUUUUUAAAGGAAAUCGACAUGCAAUACCUUUCUGCAUCGCACAAUUUAUAUCUUCGACAACCGAGCAAGGUGAAUUUAUAGAGUGUUAUGAAUGAUGUUAGUGGAAUUGAAAGUGAUGUAUUCCAUAUAGUGUGCCUCGUGUGUCCGAAGAGUUUAUUUUUAUAAUGUAACACGAUAUCAAAAAUCACAAACUAUAUAUACCUUUACAAAUUCCGUCCGUAUAUUUUACAUUCGUGUGUAUUGUACAGGUAUUUAUUUACAUCUGCUUUACAAUCUAUACACUAUUGUGUAUAAGAAGAAGGUGAUUUGUCGGUGCUGGUACAUGGUAUAAAAACUUAAGAUACCGCAACAAGUCUCUGCAAUGAUUUAAUUAAGUUUUGUAUGGUAUUAUAUGACAUGUAUUUUAUACUAUCUGUGAUCAAUGAUUUGUGUAUUACAAUGUUUUGUUGUGUUUUCUUUUUAUUGAUAAUUUUAUUUAUAUAUCUUUCGUAAAUAAAAAUCUUAAGAUAAAAAAAA